AGCCCGGUCCCCAUUUCCUCGCAUCUCCAUGCAUGCCAGCUCCAACCUAACGCUGAAUCCUGCCGCCAAAGCGCCAAAACCGUCGCAAAAACCUGCAAGCUCGAACCCGGCCAGCCACUCCCGCGGUCCCGCCCCGCCCCGAUCGAGCACACAGGAGAAGUAGAAAUGGCGGGAGAAGUGCUCGUUCCGGUGGAGGGAGGCCGGGCGCGCGACUACGGCGGCGGCGUGACGUUCUCCGUCGCGGUCACCAGCCUCAUGGCCGCUUCCUGCGGCCUCAUCUUCGGCUACGACGUUGGCGUCUCAGGCGGUGUGACGCAAAUGGACUCGUUCCUGAACAAGUUCUUCCCUGAGGUGCUCCGGGGGAUGAAGAGCGCAAAGCGCGACGCCUACUGCAAAUAUGACAACCAGCUGCUCACGGCAUUCACGUCGUCGAUGUACAUCGCCGCCAUGCUGGCGUCGCUGGUGGCGAGCAGCGUGACGAGGAGGGUGGGCCGCAAGGCCGUCAUGCUGAUCGGCGGCAUCAUGUUUCUCGCCGGUUCCGUCAUCAACGCCGGGGCCGUCAACGUUGCCAUGCUCAUCGUCGGCCGGAUCCUGCUCGGCUUCGGUGUGGGGUUCACAGCGCAGGCGGCUCCGCUGUAUCUGGCCGAGAUAUCACCCACCAGAUGGCGCGGCGGCUUCACCACGGCCUACCAUUUCUUCCUCGUCGCCGGCACGCUCGCCGCCAACGUCGCCAACUACGUCACGAACCGGAUUCCCGACUGGGGCUGGCGCGUCUCCCUCGGCCUCGCCGCCGUGCCGUCCGCCGUCAUCGUCAUGGGCGCGCUCCUCGUCUCGGACACGCCCAGCAGCCUCGUGCUGCGCGGCGAGCCGUACGCAGCCCGCGCGUCGCUGCAGCGCGUCCGCGGGGCGGGCGCCGACGUGGAGGCCGAGCUCAAGGACAUCAUCUGCGCCGUGGAGGCGGCGCGCCGGGACGAGGAGGAGGGCGCGUUCAGGAGGCUGCGCGCCGAGGGGUACCGGCACUACCUGGUGAUGAUGGUGGCCAUCCCCGCGUUCUUCGACCUCACCGGUAUGGUCGUGAUCUCCGUCUUCUCGCCGGUGCUGUUCCGCACGGUCGGGUUCGACAGCCAGAGGGCCAUCUUCGGCGCCGUUAUAAUUAGCCUCGUCAGCCUGUGCGGCGUGGCGCUGUCCACCCUCGCCGUGGACCGCUGCGGCCGGAGGUUCUUGUUCCUCGCCGGCGGCACCGCCAUGUUGCUUUUCCAGGUGGCGGUGUCAUGGGUGUUGGCGGAUCACCUCGGGAAGCACCAGGCGGUGACGAUGCCCAAGAACUACGCGAUGGGCGUGGUGGUGCUGGUGUGCCUGUACACGUUCAGCUUCAGCAUGUCGUGGGGGCCGCUGAAGUGGGUGGUGCCGAGCGAGAUCUACCCCGUGGAGAUCAGGUCGGCGGGGCAGGCCAUUACCCUAUCGGUCGCGCUCACCCUCUCCUUCACGCAGACGCAAGUGUUCAUCUCCAUGCUCUGCGCCAUGAAGUACGCCAUAUUCCUCUUCUACUCCGGAUGGGUCCUGGCCAUGACGCUUUUCGUCGCGGCGUUCUUGCCGGAGACGAAAGGCGUGCCGCUGGAGACCAUGCGGUCGGUGUGGGCACGGCAUUGGUUCUGGAGGAAGUUCGUCGUCUUGGACGCUGCCAGGUAGGAGGUUCAGGAUCAACCGUAUGUAACAAGAAUCAUAUCAACGUACACUUAAGCAAGUGACAAGUCGAAUUACUGUUAUAUCAUGGUGGUCAUAUGCAAUAAUUAAUACAACGUCUCACUUGUA